AUGUUGAUGUUACGAUCCCAACAAUACUUUCUCAGAAGACGAGGUCGUGCAAACUACGAUUUGUGCCGAGCUAACAGAUUUAUACCUUGGCUCAUUAUGUUUCCAGAAAAAGGUAAAGAUUACUGUCUCUUGUUUAAUCCUGAGGAAAAAGAGAAAGUGUAUAGGAUACAAGAUCUUGGUGUUGAGUUCGUAAGUAGUCAUUGUUUGGCAAUUUAUGGAAGUUGGCUCUUUAUGAAAGAUCCUAGAUAUAAUCUCUAUAUUAUGAAUCUAUUUACUCGCGAGAGGAUUAAUCUUCCGUCUGUGGAGGCAGAAUUUGGUAGAAUAAAGAUUGAACGAACCAUAGAUGAUAUGUUCCGUAUAAAAAUUGAUGAUGAAUAUUUCCAUUAUCCUGAAAAAGACAUCCAUAUUGAGCUCCCUAUAUUGUGGAUAGAUGAAAAAACCAAAGAUUAUGUGGUUAUGUGGUUAAUGCAAAGGCAAUACCCGUGUCUGGUUUAUUGUAGAAAUGGAGAUAAUCUUUGGAAACAUGCUAUUAAUGAUUACAGUGAUAUGGUAUACAAAGAUCAUAAGAUUUACUUGUAUAAUAGCUCGCGUGAUGUCAAAGUUUUGGAAUUUUCUGGAGAUAUUCCACGACAAAUCUUUGAAACGCACGUUAACUAUGAUGAGGCGAUAGAAAAGGGAAUGCCAGAACGUAUUUACCCAGAGCUUGGUGAUGUUUGGCAUAUCAAAAGAACGCAUCUUGUAGUCACACUGACUGGAGAAACCCUCAGAGUUAAGAGCAUGAUAUGGAGUCAUCUGGAUGUUUGGUCCUUCCGCAUUUACAAACUAAAUUCUUCAAAUACUGACUGGGAGAAACUUACUUCUUUGGGAGACGAGGCAGUACUUUUGGAUCAAGGUAUCACUGUGCUAGCCAGCGCCACCGAAGGAAUCAAUAGAAAUUCAAUAUAUUUCAGUGGUUAUCAUGAUUCUGAAUAUGAUGAUCGUGUUUGGAGUGAAAAAGAUAUAUUUGUCUUCAAUCUCGACACACAAGAAGUUGAAAGACCACAUCAAAGUUUUUGUUCGUCCAUUCAAUUAUCCGAUGCACGAUGGUUUGUGCCAAAUUUCAAACAUAUAUAAUUGAUCUCAACUUUGUUGUAUCUUUUCAAUGCUUUUUUUUUCCUUUUCGUUCCCCUAAACACAUCUAUGUUGGACUUGUGUCUCUUUUCUUUUGCAAGUGUGAAAGUAAAUUAAACAUAUCAUAUAUAAUAUAUACGUAAUGUUUUA